GUUUGAAAUUUUUAACCGAUUUUUUUCUAUAGGUGCCGAAAAUAAAACCAAAAUCAGCUCUUACGAUAGUAUUAUUUAAAAGUAUUGUUUUUUAAUAGAUAACAUGGAAAGAGUAAAAUUGAAAAAAGCGAACGAAUCACCUAAACAACCAGUGCAAGUAUUUUGCAGAUUGCGACCUUUGCUUUCCGAAGCUGACAUGAAAUGUGUUAAAGUAAAGGAUUUCAAUACGGUAAUUCUCUCUCCCCCUGAAAUCGCGGUAAACUACAAAUUAAAUUGCAAGGAAAUGCAAUAUAUCUUCAAGUAUGUUUUCCAAGAAAAUUCUGGACAACGGGCAGUGUAUGAGAAAGUUGCUAGACCAUUAGUAGAAAAUUUGGUUCGUGGUAAAAAUAGCCUUUUAUUUACUUAUGGUGUUACUGGUAGCGGCAAAACAUUUACCAUGACAGGCGAUACAAAAGAGCAAGGAAUUAUGCCAAGAUGUUUAGAUGCAUUAUUCAAAACAAUAUCCGAUUAUCAAACAAAGAAAUUUGUCUUCAAACCAGAUCGUUUGAAUGGCUUCGAAAUUCUUUCUGACGCAGAUGCUUUACUGGAGCGUCAAGCGGAAAUGAAUUCUCGUUUUGCUAAGCCAAAACGAAAAGAUUCUGAUCCUGAAAUAGCAUCCAAAGCUUCAACCGAAGCAAAACCUAUAGAUGGUUUGGAUGAAGACAAUAUGUAUGCAGUGUUUAUUACAUAUGUCGAAAUAUAUAACAACAGUGUUUUUGAUCUAUUAGAAGAAACUGGAAUUCAAAGAACCCUUCAAAGUAAGAUUGUUAGAGAAGAUGCAAAUCAUAAUAUGUUUGUUCACGGAGUGACGGAGGUUGAAAUCAAAUCAAUGGAAGAAGCUUUAGAAAUUUUUCAAACGGGUCAGAAACGUAAACGAAUGGGCCAUACCAUAUUAAAUGCUGAAUCAAGUAGAAGUCACUCUGUAUUUACCAUUAGGUUAGUUCAGGCACCAGUUGAUAGUCAAGGAGAAGAUAUAAUGCGUGAUAAAAGUGUAAUAACUGUAAGUCAAUUAUCUUUAGUUGAUUUAGCAGGAAGUGAACGUACCAACCGAACAAAAAACACCGGUCAACGAUUAAGAGAAGCUGGAAAUAUAAAUAACUCUCUAAUGACUUUGAGAACUUGCAUGGAAUACCUAAGAGAAAAUCAACUGAAUAAUGCUAACAGGAAAAUACCUUAUAGAGAUUCAAAACUCACACAUUUGUUCAAAAAUUUUUUUGAAGGAGAAGGUCUUAUAUCUAUGAUAGUGUGUAUUAAUCCCAGAGCUGAAGAUUUUGACGAAAAUUCGCAAGUGAUGAAGUUUGCUGAAAUGUCACAAGAAGUUCAAAUAACAAGAAAUACACCAAUGAAAACAGAUUUUGGCUUAACACCAGGACGAAGAAAGGCCAACAAAAUAUUCAAGACCGCCGUCGAAAAUCUUAACUCAAUAGGUCUCGCAGAAGCACGUAAAUUAGAUACCGAUAUUGGGUUGGUUUACAAUUUAGGACCAAACUUUCCUGACUUCAAAAUUGAUUCACCGGAAAUGGAAAAUGUUAUUACAGAUCUUAUGAAACAUUUAGAACGACGAAUUCAAAAAAGGAAGUUAUUAAUAGGAGAUUUUGAAAAUAGAUGUAAUAGAUUCAGAAUGACAUUAUUUGAAAUGGAAAAGGAAAACAUAUCACUACGAACUGAGUUAGCGGCUGCUAAAGCUGCUUACCAAACAGAAAGACACAAAACUCGUUCUAUGGAAAAUAAAAUUAUUGUAUAUGAAAGUUCUUUAGAUGAUUUAAACAUAAAAAUGCGCCAAAAAGAUGAUAAAAUAAAAGAACUUCAAAGAAUGCUAAAUGAUAAAGAAUUUGAACUUGACCGAAAAGAGAUGGAAAAGCAAAAGCAAAGAAAGAAAUUUACAUCGAAAUUGGCCGUUGAAAAAGAUAAAAUGAAAAGUGAAUUAGAAAUCAAAAUGAGCAAACAGCGUUCAGAAUUAGAGGAACGAAUUAAAUUAGACGAAAAAAAAUUUGAACAAAUCAAUACAAUAAUGAAAGCUUCUCGAGAUGCAGAAUUACCAAACGUAAGAAGAUCACGUAGCACCGAAGAUUUAACUGUAGUAAAAAACGUAGUUCCAUCUGAAAUACGUUCUCGUCAAGCAAUUUAUUCAACAACUAAGGGAGUACCUGUUGCGAAUUUACGCCAUAGAAGAUCAAAAUCAACUGGAGAAAAAUGGUUGGAACAUCGUUCACCGCACCCAGUACCGCUUGGGACAAUAUUGCAGCCUUACCUUAAAAAUAAAAAAUUUGUUACAAAACUUACUGAUGCAAAAGACAUAACAAACCCCAAAUUAUCCAAAUAUUGCUUGAUAUCUCAAGAAGCUGAUACAGAUGGUGAAAUAGAAACAAAAUUAUACAAGGGAAAUGUUAUUCCAACUGCUGCUGGUGGGGCACAAGUAGUUUUUAAUGACGUUGAAUGUUUGAAACAAAAAUCCCCAGAGAAAAUAACUCCACCGAGAAAGCGUAAUAGUGAAUGUACAUUAAUGGCGGAUGAAGUUCAUGCUCGUUGUCGAAUGUCUAUGGAAGGUGGUCAUUCAACAAAAAAACCAAAAGUAUAAAUUCAUAAUAAUAAUUCAAGCAGACAUUAUUAUUACUAUUAUAUUUUUCUUUUUGUAUAAUGUUGGAUAAUGUACAUAAUUUUAGUUGUACUACAUUUUUGUACUUAAUUAUUG